UUCCCACAGACCCUUGUUUCUAGCUUGCCGUGGUACCACCGGCGAAACGCUCAUAACGAAAUCCAUGGCAUACUGCCCGGUUCUUGUCUGAAACAUUCUGACUGCGAGGUUUGCACCUAGAUUGGCACUUUUGGCACCUCUGGCACUUCCGCACCUCUUCAUAGGACGGGACAGCUUUGCAUACGUCUCCUGCAACUAAUACGCCGUCCACCUUUCGGCGUUUCUCCGUGUGACAUUGGAUGCGCCGCCUUUUAAUCGCCCACCAUGGCGCAGAAAUCAAGCGACCCCGAUGACAAGCUAAAUCCUUCGUCAUCUUCGAAUAAUAAGGAAAGCCCAGAACCCGGAUCCACGCAACAAAAUAAGUGCACACCUCACACAUCCGCACCCUCCACAUCCACGUCCACACCCACAUCCACAUCAGCACAUACCACCACCAACAAUCCUCAACCUUCAAAAUCCGCCAACCUUAAACACUCGGGAGAAGAUGCAGCCAACUCCCAACCCAUGACAAAAUCAACCUCAUCGGGAUCGAACCCUUCUGCAAAGGAGGCCAUGACUGGUCCAUCUCCCUAUGGCACGCGCUCCCGCAAUCGCGGUCAGGCGCGGCCCAAUUACGCGGAGGACAAAGAUGUAGAUGUCGACAUGUACGACUCCUACGCGGAGAAGAAGGACGACGAGUCGAAGAAGAAUUCGCGAAAUACUAGUGCAUCUGCGAACGGCACCAGCGAUGCACCGCGAGUUACGAUUUCGACAUCACGAAAGGGUGCAGCGCCGGAGGAUGGCAAGGCUGCCAGUAAUGGUAAUGGUUCACACACAACACCGAAGGAUUCACAUUCGCACUCGACGAACAACGCGACCUCGGCCGUUACGCCGGCUACUACCUCUUCUGGACCGUCGAAGAAGCGAAAAGCACCUACGCAAUCGGUCUCGAGCAACGCGCAUAGUCAUGCCAAUAGUCACGCCAAUACUCCAGCGCCAACAAGCUCUAACGCAACGGCGACAAGACGCAGCGCUACGCAGGGAACACCAGUGAUGGCCGGCGCAGGGUACAACAUGACGAACAUGAUGUCAUUUGAACGCUGUGGUGCGGUUUUGAAAGACGGGAAAUUGGUGGCGGACGACGGGACCACGCUGCAAGCAAAUGAUCACGUAUAUCUCAUUUGCGAGCCGCCCGGAGAACCGUACUAUCUUGGACGCAUCAUGGAAUUCCUUCAUGUACAGAACAACGCAACAAAGGCGGUAGAAGCGUUGCGAAUGAAUUGGUACUACCGUCCAAAGGACAUCGCUAAAAACAUGAAUGACACUCGGCUGGUCUUCGCCACAAUGCACUCGGAUAUUAGUCCGUUAACCUCAUUGCGCGGCAAGUGUCAAAUCCGCCACAAAGCCGAAAUCGAGGACAUGGAAGCUUACCGAAAAACACCCGAUUGUUUCUGGUUUGAGAAGCUAUAUGAUCGCUACAUCCAGAAGUAUUACGAUGUAAUUCCGUGCUUUCAAAUCGUCAACGUUCCCGAGCGAGUCAAAAAGGUGUUGGAUGAGCGGUGGAAAUACAUUUUAGUGGAGCAGGGCCGAGCAAAGGAAUUCACUAGCGCCGUUAAAUCAUGCAAGAGAUGUACCGGUUACUGCGCGAGCCAUGACUCCGUCGACUGUGCCGUGUGUUCGCAAACUUAUCAUAUGAACUGUGUUCGCCCACCUCUACUAAAGAAGCCGUCACGUGGUUUUGCUUGGGCUUGUGCUGCAUGCAGUCGUGCCCAGGAGAGGAAGCUGGAGGCCCGACACACCCCCAGCUUAUUAGAUACACAUCCAGAUGCCGAAGAAGAGGAGGUCUGGGAAGACGAGGAUGACGCCGUUGAAACCAACCGUACUAGCCCUGCUGACGGUAUCGACGACUCUCACCAACCCGCCACUGCAGAGCAGAUAUACCAUGCAAGCCUGUGGCCUUGGCGGUAUCUGGGCCAGCAUUGCAAACCGGAGGAUGCGCUAGACUAUGACGAUCGCAUAUAUCCUCGGGCAGGCUCCCGUUUAGGACCAAAACAUCAAGCAACCGUACUCCCUUGGCCCGGUCGACCAGUUCAAUUAGUGAAACCCCUAGAGAUCAAGAAGACGGGCAAGAAAGACAGCAAGCAAUCUAAAGAAGCCCUUGCGCUUCUCGAGGCCGAGAAGGCCGCCCGAGAAAAGCGACCGAUAUGGGUCCAGGAUGAGCCUCCUGGAUAUGUAGCACGUGGGGAGGACUACGACAAUAGUGACUCCAGGAACACGGCCCAGUUACUUUGGAAGCCAUUGGGCGCACCGGAUGUGUCUAUAAAGGAAUCCCAGCUAAACGACUAUAUGACGAGCGCGAAAACGAAGCUGAUCCCGAUGUUCAAUCUUCCGAAGUUAUCUACAAAUGUCGAAGAUGUAGCCAUUAAUACUUUGUUCAAGAAUGAUUACGAUCCAACUAAGUCUCUAAAGGCAUUGAACAAAGUUGAGAAGUCGGCUUUUAAAGAACCGGAAUUAACAGCAACCGAGCUCAAGAAGUUUGAAGAGGGUGUAACCAAAUUUGGUUCAGAACUCUUCCCUGUCACUAAACAUGUCAAGACGAUUAAACAUUCAACCACUGUUCGCUUCUAUUAUACUUGGAAGAAAACCGAUCGAGGAAAACAAAUUUGGGGUAAUUUCUCUGGUAGAAAGGGCAAAAAGGAAGCUAAGAAGGCCGAAGCAACAGCGAAUAAGCUCCAGGACGAUGUUGCUGACGAUCAGGACGAUUCAGCGUUUGACACGGGGAAGGCCCAGAAAUUCAAGAGAAGCUUCAUAUGCAAAUUUUGCUCAACCAAAACCUCGCGACAAUGGCGACGAGCGCCCAAUAGCGCAGCUGGUCUGGUGACCGAGGGAGGCGGCAGACACUCGAACAAAGAUAAGGGUAUUCAAUAUGUUGGAGCAUUGUGUAGACGAUGCGCGGAGUUGUGGCGACGCUACGCUAUCCAGUGGGAAGAUAUAGAGGACCUUGCCAAGAAGGUUGCUGCUGCAGGAGGCCGUUCGUGGAGGCGAAGGGUCGACGAGGAAUUGCUCAAGGAGCUUAGAGCUGCUGAAGAAAUGAUGAGCAUGACUGUUUAUAAUUUGCCGAAUGGGGUGGCUCCGGCGACGCCAGCUACUGCGACAACGCCUGCUGUACAACCCAGUACGAGCGAGGCACCACCACCACGCAAGAAGCUUAAGACCAUCGCCGAUAAAGAGGCGGAGGCUAAUGGAGUGGAUUCCAAUAGCACGCAUGUUACUCAUCAACACCAACAGAAGAAGAAGGAGAAGGUAGUCGAGAAGGCAGCGCCACCGCCCGCACCGGAACUACCUAAGCCUCGCACACUGCCCUGUGCAAUAUGCCACCAGAUGGCCCCCACGGGAGAUGCGGCUCAUCUUUCUUGCAAAGAAUGCCGACUUACCGUUCACCGGAAGUGUUACGGUGUCAUAGACUGCCGACUUCCCGGCAAAUGGACUUGCGAUAUGUGUCUCAACGAUAGAAAUCCUCAAGUAUCGAUCGAUUACAAAUGUGUCUUGUGCCCAGUGGAAUUUACGGAGCACGACUUUGUAGAACCACCGAAGAAUUCGCACAAGAAAAAGACCGAGAAGGAGAAGGAAAAAGAACGGCUUGACCGUGAGCUCGCUCAGAAGGCUGCAGAGUAUUAUCGCAAGAAGCAGGAAGAUAUGAAUCGGCCUGUUAAUCCCAGGGAGCCUUUGAAGAGAACAGCGGAUAAUAAUUGGGUUCAUGUUACUUGUUCCGUAUGGAUGCCGGAGAUAAAAUUCGGCAACGCUUUAGCCCUUGGUCCCUCCGAAGGCAUUCCGUCCAUACCGCGCAGCAAAUAUGACGAGGUCUGCAAGGCGUGUAAGAAAAAAGGCGGUGCUUGUGUGACGUGUCAUCACUGCCGCGCCCCUGUUCACGUGGAAUGCGCUCAUCAAAAUGGGUAUUUACUUGGUUUCGAGAUCACACCGGUGAAAGGUUCCCGGCGAGACCAACACAACAUUGUGACUAUUGGAGGGGAGACAGGGAUCAUGUCGGCUGCUGUGUGGUGCAAGGAACACAUUCCUCAGAAAAGCGUAGUCCAUCGGAUGCAGGACACUGUACCUCAGCCCGAUGGUCAGAGCAAGGAUCUGGCCGCUGUCAACGCCCUGCAGCUUUACGUGCAUAACUACAAGCAGGCAGAUCUUACUCUUACAGGCAACGUCCGCAAGGCGAAUCUCGCUAAUCUUGCCACAAAACCGCCAUCCGUUAUAACGCAGACAAACCUGAACCGAAGACAGUCGACCACAACCGUUACCAAUUCGGCACCAUCGGCCCAGAGGGCUUCUCCGAUUGAUAGUACCGACGUAUCUUCAAUUGCCUCUCAAUCCGGUGAUAAAGUCUGCCUUACCUGUGGUAUUGACGUCAGUCCGAAGUGGUGGUCUAUCGACAAGACUCAACAAAAGAUUCUGACAAAUGGGCAUCAUGGAACUCUUAGUCGCGAGGCCAUGAGAUUUGUUGCACAGAGGAGUGUCCAGUGCCAUAAGUGCCACAGGGAGGACCGAAAACUGACUCCGCAUGUUCCUCCGAAAGUGGAUGCACCGUCCAUUGAACCUCCAAGGCCGGCGGCACCUUCGGUUCCUAAUAAUGUAGCAAAUAACCCACCGAAUGUAUCGAAUUCUGUGAACAGGAUCGCCGAUCUCGGAAAUUCAUGGGGACCCCGUGCUCCCCCGGUGCAGACAACAACACCUACAGUUGUAUCGGCGAUCCCUGCGGCACCGUUACAUCCUCCAUCAGCAAGCAUUCCUCAACCAUUACCUUUAACAUCUCCUCAUGCUAGCACGAGCCCAAUGGCAGCUCCAGGUGGCCAACCCGUCCCGCCUCACCAUUACCCACCCCCUGGUACACCUUAUGGGGAUUGGCAUCGCAGCCCGACCCAGCACCCCCCAGCUCUUCAUCAGAUAAAUGGCAGUUCGGCUGGCCCUAGUCCGAUACACCACAACCAUCUCCGCGAUCUCCGACCGCCGCCUAUAGCACCUAUGUCACAUCAUCAGGGACCGGCGAUUCAGCACGGACUCGGACAACCCAUGCUUAAUGGUAUUCCACCGUCUCCACCCCGACGAGGUCCGGCGACGGUUCAGAAUGGGUCUUAUAAUAUGCCGCCAUACCAUGCGGGACAUAAUUCAAUUCACGGCCUUCCUAAUGGUAGCCCGCCGCCACCUCGAGCUUCGGAGCAUUCAUUCUCCCAAGGCUUACUUGGUUCACGUUCUUCUCCUUUCAUGAACGCGCACGGAAGCCCACCAUCUCGAGAUGGAAUUUCUAUGAGCCGCGAACCGAGUCUGAACAGCAAUCCGCCUGCACGACCGAAUGACGGUCGACCUGCAAGCGGGGCGAGUGCUAAUGCAUCGCUACGCAAUCUUCUGUCGUAGAUGUUAGGGAAUGGGGAGGCCAGGGGUUCUGGGGCAGUGAUUUAUUCGCAUAGCAAUUUGUUUUUCCAAGUUCGGCGUUACUAGGGCUGGGCUGUUGUAUAAGUAAAGGGCAUGGAAAUACCAAAGGCGUCACCACGGUCAUAGAUGGCGGU